CAAUCACGAGGCACGUUUUGUUACGUACGACUGUUUUGCAAUUCCGCUGUAAAUAAACGAAUGACAGGGUCGUCGCUCUGAGUGUUAGUCAUUCGCAUAUCUCUGAAUUAACGCAGUGUACCCGAGCACGCUCGUGUAUGUGAGGCUGCCGCAACGGCGUUGUUCCCACUGAUUUGUUGCGCUUCAUCGUUGUCGUAACGUUGACGCCACUCAAGGCAACACCGUGGCCAAUGCCACAGCCUGUAUUCGCAAAGAGAUUUUGACUGGCCAAGUGAGGAGCAUUCAUGGACCCCCCGGCGGUAUACACGGCUGCGCCCGAGUUGCACAAAGACUUGGUGGAUCUUGUCUGGGGAAGACCUUCCAAUGGAGGAGUGUCUGCCUCAAUCUUCCGAAGAUGGACUCAAGGCUUUGUCUUCUGUGAAAAUGAGCAGUCAGCACUGGAACAGUUUGAAGGAGGACCCUGUGCUGUCAUUGCUCCGGUGCAGGCUUUCCUUUUGAAGAAUAUCCUCUUUAACCGUGAAAGUUCCAACUGGAGACAAAUAUCAGAGGAGGACCAGAAAACAGCCUUGUGUUCGACACUGAGUGAAAUCUUGGAGUCUGCUUGUUCCAGCCCCUCCACGGGGUUCUGCCUGGUCACUUGGGCGAAAGGGCAAAGUCCCCCCAAAACCACUCAAAUGGGAACAUUAUCAUCCACACAAGCGCAAGACAUGCCAGAGCCAGAGAGCAGCCAGCCAGCGCAGGAGCUACAACCAACUGCCGUGGCUGUCGAGGACCUGGGCUUUGAGCAUUUUCACAGUGUUCUUCAAAAACACACUUUUAUGUCAACGUCGGAACUUAGAGAAGAGGUGCUCUCUCUGUUCCACACCUGGAGGGGGAGCUGUGGAGUCUUGCUUUUCCUCUAUUCCGUCAUCCUCACGAAGGGAAUCGAGAACAUAAGAAAUGAGAUCCAGGAUACAAUGGAGCCCCUCAUAGACCCUGUGCAUGGUCAUGGCAGUCAAAGCCUUGUGAACCUCCUCGUCACUGGUCAUGCGGUGUCUAAUGUCUGGGAUGGCGAGAGGGAGUGCUCUGGCAUGAAGCUACAUGGCAUUCAUAAACAAGCAUCAGUUGGGUUCCUAACACUUAUGGAGUCUCUACGUUAUUGCAAGGUCGGGGCAUUCCUAAAGUCUCCGAAGUUUCCCAUUUGGAUUCUUGGCAGUGAAACCCAUCUGUCUGUGUUUUUCACCAAGGAGAUGUCCCUGGUGGGUCCAGAGGCUCCCUCUGAACAGGCCAGAAGGGUUUUCCAGUCGUUUGACCCUGAAGAUAAUGGAUUCAUCUCCGAGUCUCUGCUGGAGGACGUGAUGAAAGCCCUUGACCUUGUCACAGAACCAGAGUACGUCAAUAUGGUGAAGGGUAAACUGGAUCCAGAAAGCCUUGGGAUUAUUCUCCUGGGUCCGUUCUUACUGGAGUUCUUCCCUGAGCAGGACUCGGGGAUCCCAGACUCCUUCACCGUCUACCACUACAACGGACUCAAGCAGUCGAACCUUAAUGAGAGGGUGGAGUACGUGGAAGGCACAGCUCUGGUGCUCGGCUUUGAAGACCCCAUGGUUCGGACGGACGACACCCCAGUCAAGCGUUGCCUGCAGACCAAGUGGCCGUACGUGGAGCUGCUGUGGACCACCGACCGCUCCCCGUCUCUGAACUAGCAGCGAUGGGUCUGCAUGAGCCAGCGAGGACGAUAGCCGACCUCUGCAUGCUGACCCUGUCCGCUCGGCAGACUCCAGGUCUUGUACAACACAGUUGAAUGAGAGAGCAGUUGAGGACCAUAGGUAAAGCCUCAGUUCUGUUUUUUGUUCCCACCUCGUUCUGAGGAGUCGCUAACUCAACGCUUGCGCUACUGUCUCAUACCACGGUUCCUAAAUAGUGACCUAUGAUGUUUGGUUUUCAUGAGAACUGAAUGAGUUUUGAGUUUCUACAGCUUUGCCUCGCUUCACUGAGUCACAUGACUGAAACGCUACUGUUAGUACCGGGACUGUUAGAAGGAGAGAAUCUACCAAAGCCUUCCACUCAAGAACACGCACACUCUCGCGCACACACCGUCACAGUGAGGUGUUUACAGCAAAAUAAAAGGGACCAACGCAUCCAGGAGGUGACCCCUGACCCAAGUGAGGAUGUGCAGACCAGUGGAGUAUGUGGGCUUCAUGCACCGCCUUGACUUGGUUAAGUGCUCAUGUAUUUAUUAUUGCACUUCAAGAAUAAACACGUCUUUGUUCAAGUUUGA